AUGGGAUCGGGUGCAGGCUUGCAGACUUGCUGUAUAUCGGGUGCUUCAGUAUGGCAUGCCCCGACAUGAACGACUUUGAUUUUGAUGAGGUUGACUGCACCUUGGCUGACCCUGACGACAUCCACCUGCAUGCUGGGAGAGUUACUGUUGGUGUGUACGAUGAUGGUGACGUUCCCAGCAUCGUCGUCACGGCUGGUCUUCACACAGACAGAUACAAGUAUGACAUAGGCUUGCACUGUUUAUUCCAAGGCUUACAGCAAUUCAGAGCCUUUUCCUGGAAUAGAGAAUACUACAUUACCGUCACAAAGACAAACGACGGUUUGCACACGACACUGAAGAAGUUUGAGACGCCCCCUAGUAAAGAUGACGUCGAUGGACGGAUGUUCCUUGUGCGGGGCAGUAGUGAUGACGAACUGAUGCUGGAGAGCCGGGCACAUAAAGGCUAUUAUCUCUGUCACUACAACGAGAACCUGCACGUUAGGCAGAAGGACCACGGGAGUGGGUCUGGCGAGUUCGACUUUGACUUCUUUGCCGGCACAGUUGACGCAGGCCGUGUUGGAACCAACCUUCUGAUAAGGACCUCUGCCACCUGCCCGGUGAAAACUAAGGGGUGUCUGAGACGCCUAAUUGAAUCACUUGUUUCACUGUUUUGUAGACAACGACAGCAUGAUUAAAAUUGUAGAUGGCGUCGAGGCUGUUAGCACCACGUGUUUCAUAUUAAACCGUGCUCCUUUA